CGUCCAACCAGUGCGGAGGUUUGUUGUGGUCCGGAGCUAGCGGCGGAGCUCUGCCUCAUUGGUCCGCCUGUCCUGAACUCCCCCCCCCCGGGGUCGCCUCGGGAGAAAAGGAGCGUGUCCUUUAGCGUGUCGCCCGACUCGCUGCCUCCGUGGAGUUUCAGUGUUUACAUGAAAGUGUGUCAAGUCAAGUCAAGUCAAGGUGAAGGGGCUGCUGGUGAUAGAUACAUCUGCACGAUGCUCAGCGUGUGCUCACACAGAUGAAGACGACUUCUGUUACACAUUUGGUCUAAACAACGCCACAAUGACAAGUGACAUUGUGGUCUGGAGGGGUCUGACUUGGAUGAAGCAGGCGGCCAGCAGAGUCCCACCAAGCAGCCUGAAUGGGAACCAGAGGGUGCUAAAUGUCCAUCACGCCAGCGGACCAGAGAGGGAGACGUUCAACAAGCAGCAAAAAGUCUGCGUCACAGCAGCGCAGUUUCACAGAUAUUCAACAGUUGGAGCUUGUCUCAGUACGUGUUUCAUUGGAGCUGUCAGUGGAGGACACAGCACCAAACGUCUGAAGUACCACAGGAGCUGGUCAAGCCCGUUGUUCUGUGGACAUGCACGAUCAUUUACCCAGGACAACUCCACAGUGGGACGGCUCACUUCAGUUGCCAUCGAUAAAGAAGGAAACCCCAAGAAAACAGACGUCAAGCAACAUAAGCAAGUGCUCAGUGAAAGAGCCAGAGAGAGGAAGGUUCCUGUCACACGGAUAGGAAGGCUUGUGAAUUUUGGAGGUCUGGCAGUUGGACUCGGCUUGGGGGCGAUCGCUGAAGUGGCCAAGAAGAGUUUAAAACCUCAACAUCAAGGAGAUAAAAAGUCCAUACUAGACUCCAGUGCCUUCCUCACCGAAGCCAACGCAGAGAGAAUAGUCCGGACGCUUUGCAAAGUCCGAGGUGCUGCUCUGAAACUGGGACAGAUGCUGAGUAUCCAAGACGACGCCUUCAUAAACCCUCAGUUGGCAAAAAUCUUUGAGCGUGUUCGACAAAGUGCAGACUUCAUGCCUCCUAAACAGAUGAUGAAAGCCGUCAGCAGCGACCUCGGCCCAAACUGGAGAGACAAGCUGGAGUACUUUGAGGAGAAGCCAUUUGCAGCGGCGUCCAUUGGUCAGGUGCAUUUAGCAAGGCUAAAGGACGGCAGAGAGGUGGCCAUGAAGAUCCAGUACCCGGGAGUUGCCAAGAGCAUCGACAGUGACGUGAAUAAUAUCAUGACUGCACUGAGUUUGAGCAACGCGCUGCCUGAAGGUCUGUUUCCUGAUCACCUCAUUGAGGUCAUGAGUCGCGAGCUGGCGCUAGAGUGUGACUACAUACGAGAGGCAAAGUGUGCCAAAAAAUUCCAAGAGCUGCUGAAGGAUCACCCAUACUUCUAUGUGCCUGAUGUGAUUGACGAGCUGAGCAACCAGCACGUCCUGACAACAACGCUGGUGCCCGGUUUCCCUCUGGACCAGGCCAACGACCUCUCUCAAGAGCUCCGGAAUGAGAUUUGUGAGCAAAUCUUGAUCCUGUGUCUGAGAGAGCUUUUUGAGUUCAGAUACAUGCAGACUGAUCCAAACUGGUCCAACUUCUUCUUUGAUCCACAAGCUCACAAGGUGGCACUGUUGGAUUUCGGAGCUACACGAGGAUUUGAUAAGAGCUUCACUGACACUUACAUAGAGGUUAUUAAUGCAGCUGCAAACAAGGACAGGGAAGGUGUUCUGCGGAAAUCCAGAGAAAUGAAGUUCCUCACUGGAUACGAGUCAAAGACGAUGGAGAGCGCCCACGUGGAUGCUGUGAUGAUCCUCGGGGAAGCCUUCUCCUCUGAGGAACCCUUUGACUUCGGCGCUCAGAGCACCACCGAGCGAAUCCACAGCCUCAUCCCCGUCAUGCUGAGGGAGCGACUCACGCCGCCUCCAGAGGAGACGUACUCUCUCCACCACAAGAUGGGCGGCUCCUUCCUCAUCUGCUCCAAACUCAAAGCUAAAAUAUCCUGCAAGAGCAUGUUCCUGGAGGCGUACAAAAACUACUGGAAGGAUGGACGCCCAGAGACGACAAAGUGAGGCUCAAGACUUUCAGAAAGGGUGUCAAAGACCAGACAAUUCUGGCCCUUCUUUGUAGUAUUUUGAACAAUUUAACUCACACAUUCUUCCCUGGGAGGAUAUUUAUGUGCAAUCUGGGCCAGAUGUCUGCGUGAUUAAAAACAUUUGCAUAUC